AUGCCAUCAACCGCUCCACCCGCGCCAGCAAUCCCCAGCGUCUAUCGCUUCGUCUUUUGCUGGCUCGAGCCCGUCUCCAUCCUCACAGGCGCCAUCUAUGCACACUUCUUCCAGUCCACCUACCUGCACUUGACGCAUGCAGCCAGCUCACCGGCCGCCUCGCUUCCCAUCUCAACAUCCAUAGUCAUGUCACAGUUAGCGAAUUUGUACCUAGGACUUGCUUUUUUGGAAGCCUCGGUCUUGCGCGCCACUCCAGACAUCAAAGUCUGGAAGACCUUCUUGGUCGGCUUGCUUGUCGCCGACCUAGGACAUUUGCUCACUAUCCUGCCCCUCGGAAUCCACAUCUACUGGGCCUUUUGGCGGUGGAACGCCAUUGAUCUGGGGAACGUCCCGUUCGUUUAUUUCCUAGCCGUGACGCGCAUCUGCAUGCUCCUUGGCGUUGGCUUCCAGAAGGAAGGUGUGAGAUCAAGAUCGAAGAUGACAUGA